AUGGUACUGGAAGAUGUGGCUAUGAAAGGUUCGGUUUGCCAAAAUAAAUGCUGGCGGCCUGGGAGGAACAGGCACCCAUUCUUGCACAACGGAACGGAACGUGCCCGGCUGCGUGUUCCCCUUUCUUGCACGACUACGGGAUUGCGCUCAAGGGGGAUGCGAGUCGGCGCAGCUGGGGAUGCGAGAAAAAGGCCUGUAUCUAUGUCAUCAUCAUCAGGGGGCAACUCAUCUCCACAGGAAUCUGAAGCAAGGAGAGCGCUGGCGAAGACAGGAUGUACAGAAGAUGCUGCGGCUGAAGACACGGUUGAUGAUGCGCUGUCCAAUGCGACAGAGAAGUCUGAGAGAUCUUUGGACAGUAUUUCCACAGUUGGCCCAACAGACGGACAGAAUGAACUGUUGGUGCCAAACCUAUUGGGUGAACUGAUUUCCAAUCGGCCACCCUUUCUUGUGCCGGAAAAGAGAGCUGGUGGUGUUGAUGAAGCCGAUCACGAGUCAUCAAAUGGUGCCAUGGCUGACGGACACAAGGCAGAUUCGCUAGUCCAGUUGGGUGCUGCUUGGGUGCUGGUUGUUCUUGGUGCAACCUAUAUCCACCACUCUGCGACUGGGUACUCAGUCCCUGCAAUGCUCCCUCUCAUCAGCACAGAACUGUAUCUUUCUGACAACCAAGGGGCUUUUUUGACAUUGGGAUACUCUAUCUUGUAUGCACUGUCCCUCAUUCCCAUGGGAUAUUUGGCUGAUCAGGUCAACAGACCCAAGCUCCUGGCCGGGGGAAUAACACUCUGGAGUGCAUUGACCUCGCUGUCCUCAAGGGUUGGAUCGUUCAGAGAUCUUCUGUUGCUGCGUGUGGGCUUUGCCUCAGCGCAAUCAACAAUGAACCCAAUCUGCUUCAAUUUGAUUCCUGAGAUAUUCCCAAAUAACAAGUCCACAGCACUCGCUUUCUACAAUUCAGCAGUAUACAUUGGACGGGCACUGUCCUUCGCCUUCGUUUUCAUUUUGGGAAGGCUGGGCCUUUCUGGCGAGGUGGGCAUAAGGAUGAUACCUCUUGACAGGUUGGACACGUCCAACAUGGAAUUGCUUUACACAACAGGAGACAGGGCUGCUGUGAUGCCUGUGUACGACUACAAUUUUCAAAUCCUGUUCAACGAGGGUGCAGGUUCCUCUUGGCGCGACGUCUUGCUCUGGCUGGGGCUACCAGGGCUGGCGAUCGCAACAGUGGUGGUGCUCACCAUCAGUGAACCCAGAGCACAGGGGAGCGAAAGUGCUGAUGUCCCCAUGGAGGGCACCACUGAGGGGCCUGGGCUUGGUGGCGAGGCACUGGUUGUGCCCCAGAAUGGGGGCGGGGCAGGGUCAGUUAUUAUGAGCAGUGUUGACGAAAAAGACAAGCACGACUUCUCAGGCAUACUGGGAGUGUUGAAGACACCAGCGUUUCUGGCCAUCACCUUGGGAGGCACACUGAACGACGUUGGGGGCUGGGGCCUUGCUGCGUGGCAUGCUACCUUCUAUGAGCGCGUUUUCGACCUCCCAGCCGAGACGUAUGCGCCUUUGCUGGCAGCUGUUAUUCCCAUUGGUGGAAUAAUUGGCGGUGUUGGUGGAGGGCUGAUUGCGGACAGGGUGUCACAAAAUGGACAGAGAUACUGGCUAACUUUUGGAGCAACGGCGUUGGCAGCCCCUCUAAUGCUGGGCUCCUUCAAUGCGGGUGAAUACGAGCAGUCGUUCAUCUUCCUGCUGUUUGGGUUUGCUUUGUCAGAGGCAUGGAGAUCACCCGCAGCCCUGAUGGUUCGCGAAGUGGCCCCUCCGGAUUUGGCAUCUUCUGCCACUGCUGCAAAUCUCUCAAUGAGAAACAUCGUGGCUGGGCUGGGACCGCUUGCAAUUUCUGUGCUGUCGAAAAGAUUUGGCUUACAGAGUGCCAUGUUGCUGAUCCCCUCGUGCUACCUACUGUCAGGCCUUGCGUUCCUGAUUGCUGAGCUGGUGAUGGCUGAUGACGCAAAGAGCAAAGGGGAAUGA